UUACAGUCACGUGGUUGCUAAGCAGCGAAGCCAGGACUUGAUCUCAUGUCUGAUGACCUCAGACCCUCUCUUCUCUACACCCUCCCCAAAUAAACUCUAUUCCCGGUCCUUCUAAGGAAGAGGCUGUCACCCCAAUAGUUAAGCCGCACAAGGAUCUUCUAUAACUCUUUUCCAAUGUUCCUAAAUCCAGCCCAGACCUAGGGUGGAUUUUCUCCAUAGAAAGUUCCAUCCAAGGUGUCCCGAGACACACUUAGCAUCUCACAGCUGGGACAGUCUCCCUACAGUCUAACUGAAAUCCCUUCUAUUAUCACAGAAACACACUUCUUCCUGUCUAGGCCAUGAGAGACAUCAAAGGUCCGCAUCCUCCUUCCUGUUGGAGAGUCUCAUUACGCUUACAGAAUCCCAGAUCCCCACCUAUGUUUUACAUUUAAUCAGAAUCCAUGGUUGAGCACAGGGGCUGGUGUUUCUUCUAGAACUCACUCCAGGAGGCUGUGGCUAUGGGGAAGAAGCUGGUGAUGGCCCAGAAGCGCGGAGAGACGCGAGCCCUCUGCCUGGGGGUGACAAUGGUAGUGUGUGCUGCCAUCACCUACUAUAUCCUGGGUACCACGGUGCUGCCUCUCUACCAGAAAAGUGUGUGGACCCAAGAAUCUACCUGUCACCUGAUUGAAGCCAACGUCAAGGACCAUGAUGAGCUGGAGGGCAAGAAGGUGCCCCGGUACCCAUGCCUUUGGGUCAAUGUAUCAGUUGUGGGCCAGUGGGCCAUGUUGUACCACACUGAAGACACUCAGGACCAAAACCAACAGUGCUCCUAUAUCCCUAGCAACCUGGACAACUACCAGAUGGCCCUGGCUGAUGUGGAGAAGGUCAGAGCCAAUUUCCACGAGCACCAGGCUUUCUACUGCUUCUCUGCACCUCAAGUGGAGACCAGCGUUGUGUAUCGGCGCCUCUAUGGGCCCCAAACCCUCCUCUUCUCCUUCUUCUGGCCCACCUUCCUGCUGACUGGCGGCCUCCUCAUUAUUGCCAUGGUGAAACUCAACAGGUCCCUAUCCAUCUUGGCAGCUCAGAGGUAGACCAGUUCAGUCUGUGCCACGGCGCCGGAAGUCACCAGAGACAGCAGGGGUCAUGGGCAGGGCUGCUCAUCACUCUCUUCCUCUUGUCUCCUCUUUUGUUUGUUCAAUGUCUUUGGGAAGUCUGACGCCAUCGGAGGACAAAGGGACAGCCAGUUACAACUCUCCUCUCCCUGUUCUCAAUUAGUUCAUGUCUGCUUACCUGCUAGGUCACUAUUCACUCCCCAGAUGGUGAAUGAGUUCACCUCUGUUCCUAAGUUCUCUCUUAGUUCAAACGCCUGCCCAUCGCACCCAGAAUGUUGUCCUUGGCCAAAUUCAGCUUCUUUAAGUUGUCACCAAAACAAGAGCUCCCAUUCACAGGGCAACUCGGUGUAUUGCUUUUUGUCAAGGACAUUAAGUCACACACAAAUUAUUCUAAAAUUCAAAAUGACUGCUGUCCUUUAAUAUCUACAGGGACUAGUUCUGGGACUCCCUCAGAUGCCAAAAUCCCCUUAUAUAACUUGGUGUGGGGUGUGUGUGUGUGUGUGUGUGUGUGUGUGUGUAACCUCUACACACCUUCCUUGUGCCUCACAUCAUCUCCGGAUGACUUAUAACACCCACACCAAUGUUAAUGCCGCAAAUGGCUUUCAUUCUCUAUUGUUCAGGGAAUAAUGAUGAGGAAGGGACAUUCCAUGUUCACUACAGAUGCAGUUUCCCCCCAAAUACUUUCAAUUUGUAGUUGAUUGAAUCCAAUGGGGCAGAACCCGCUGAUACAGAGUCCGAGAAUAUUCAUUCACACAACAACACAAGUCUGCGAGGAAAUAAACACAAACACAUCAAAUAUUAA